AUUUGACCUACCAAUCAUGGCUCAUUGUCUGCAGAUAUGGUGCUAGCGGUAGAGACUCCAGAGACAUCAAAAGCUUCUGUCAGCUCGGAGGUCAAGUGUGAGCAGAAGGAAAAUGGGCUGAAUGAUACGCUUUUGGACGAGCUAAAAACGGAAUUUGAAAGUCUUGCUACCACGGCUGACUUCAAUAGAGUCGGCUGUGAUGUGAAACCCGUGUUCGCCACGAAAGAAAGAAUUGUCUGCGAAAUGACGCUUGGCCCUGGCCAUGUGAACGCCAAGGGUACACUCCACGGAGGCCAGACUGCUGCGCUGACCGAUAUCGUGACUGCUCGUGCUCUCGGGCAGACGAUCAAGGAUCGGCCAAUGGCUUCUAUAGAGCUCUCGGUUAUAUACAUGCUUCCCGUCAAACUUGGAGAAGUCAUCGAAAUAACGGCAAAUGUGCUGAAGAUUGGGCGAAAUGUAGCUUUCAGUGAAGCGGAAUUCAGGCGGAAGUCCGAUGGCAAGUUGGCAGCAAAAGGCCGCCACACUGUAGCAAUAUUGCCAAAGCCAGCUCAGGAAGGAGAGAAAAUGUGAACGGUCGUGAAGGUGUGUGUGAUGGGGCUGCCCCUGCAUCUCAGCCGAGGUUAAAGUCGCAGUUAUAGCGCGGAAUCCAAGCAUGGGCUCUUUUUCUGGUCACAAGUGCUAAUAUUUAGUUUUCUCUAGAAAUUUUGAACAAUUAAGUAGAUAUGUUAGUUACGUAGUCCUUAGCGGCGAUUUUGCAGUGUAAUUUUGGU